AUUUCCGUAAAGUUUCCUUAAGUCAGUUUUCACGAGAUAGCGAACGAAUUCGGUGGCUACUGGAAGCUUACGACGCUCGGUCAGACGUGCAAUUGGUAUUUAGAAACCCCCACAAGCGCUUAGGAGUUUGCAAAGUCUGGAAGAGUUUCGACAGACGUUUUCCGUACUUCGACGAGAAGUGAUCAAAUUAGUUCGGAGUCGUGAACAUAAGAACAUAAGUCGACGGUGUUUCAUAAGCAGUUAAAAGGCAACCGAACAGGUUACCCAACGCGAUACGGUCGUGCGUGUUUUGCUAGAUUUCUAGACAUCCGCGUAGUUGUCUCAGCCAUUUUGUCAGUUUGCUGCUAUUCGACGAAGUUAAUUCGCGCGCGAUAAGGAAAUUUGAUUUUUUGGUCGAUUUAGGAGAUACAUCGAACGUGGGAAAACUGUCCGCAAUUGUUGACGCAAUUCCCGCAGCGUGAGAACGUAAAUGACGGAAUGAAGGACAAAUGCGAUCGUCGCUCGUUGGAUUUCGUAUAGACGCGCAUUGUGAAAGUCGCCCGCGGGUGCGAUUGUGAAAACAAUACUUCCCUCGUCCUUGUUGUAGUCUGUCAGCGGAAAACAAGCGUUUCUUGUGCUUUCGUGACGCGAACCCAACCGAAGAAAGAUUCCUGUUAUUUCAUUCCGCAAAUCAGCCUCACCUGAACAAAUAUGUGGAAUCCAAAUUCAAGUGCCGCUUCCGAAGAAUCAAGGAAAGAUGCUUCCGUUCCAGAUAGAAAUUUAACGCAUUCGUUAUCGUCGUCGAGUAGUAGUGCAAGUAGUGAGAAGAGUCCUCAGCCAGGAACUCUAGUGGGUGGCGGAACUGUCGCCGGUGCGAGCUCCGCCGGACAAAAGUUUAUCGAACAAGAAAGUCAGUCGUGCGAGGUGGACUCCGGGUUCCUUUCUGGUCCACAAUUAUCCGGUUACGACGAUAGCGAAUACGGUAUCGCGGGUGGCAACGACGUGAACUCGCCGAAGGGCUCACAAGACAGCCAGCAGUCGGAGCGUCCUUCUCUUAGCAAGCAGAUAACCGUCGUUGAGGCGAAGCCUUCAAUCCUGGACUCAGGCUUGGAGGUUGAUCUGUCAGAAGCUGACAUCGAAGAACAGUCCCAGCAGCCUUCCCAGCCCGCCAAAACUACGCCCAUGAUUCUCGACAACAAGAUCGAUUCAGGGCUAACAGAAUGGUUUUGCAAUCUAACUUUGAAUAAUUCCGAUCAGCCGCUCAAUAAUUUGGGCUGCCCAGACGGCCAAACGGCGGCAGUGUCGUCGUCGGGCUCGUCAUCCGGCAAUGCCAGCAACGCAAAUGCUCCAGACAAUCGCAACAAGCAGCCAUGGGAGAUUUACUACCGCCAAAACGACGACGGUGACACACAGCUACACAUCGCCUGUAUCACGGGCUACACCGAAGUCGUUGCCGCUUUAAUACGUCUUGCCCCGCAUCCUUGUUUAUUGAACAUUCAAAAUGAUUGCGCCCAGACAGCUUUACAUCUGGCCGUCAUGGCCGGACAUCGUGAUAUCGUACGAAUGCUGCUCGUUGCAGGUGCAGAGGCAACAAUGCGCGAUAGUAAUGGCAACACACCACUUCAUUUGGCCUGCAUUUCCGGCCACAUGGAGUGUGUGAAAGCUCUUACGACUCCCAUUACUGCCACCGAAAUCCAGGAGAGCAGCAAAAAACUGCUGCUCACAAAGAACGACAAAACGACAUUUCGACGAUGCACACAGCUCCCCCCAGAUCUCGAGCAACGGAACUAUGACGGCGAACGAUGUGUUCAUUUGGCAGCUCAAAAUAGUCAUAUAGAUGUUCUUAGACAUCUUCUGUGGUUCGGUGCUGAUAUAAACGCAAGAGAAGGCCGUUCUGGUAAAACACCACUACACAUUGCUAUUGAAAAAUGCAACGAAGUAUUAGCCAAUUUCCUAUUGGAAGAAUGUCAUAAAUUGAAUUUGGAAGCAGAAACAUUUGCCGGUUUAACAGCAUAUCAGCUAGCAGCAGCAAAUCAUCACGAACAGAUUGCUACUGGUUUAGAAAAGCAUGGAGCUGAUCCUCUCCUUCCACCUGAAAGUGACGAGGAAGAUGACGACGAUUCAGAUUCUCAGCAAUACGACCGGUUUGGUGAUCCCGGCUAUUUCGUUUCAUUCAAUGGCAAGACCAUCAAUGUUGCGUAAAAGCACCAAAUAAUUAAGUCAAAAUACCAAAAUGUGUCAUUUGUAUCCAAUAAUAGCUUAGUUAAUCGAAAUUUACAUAUAUACAUAAUAAACAAUCCAAACUGAGAGAAUAAUUAUAGAAAAGAAUACUAAAAUACUAGUAAAGAUAGCAUUAGAUCAAAACUAACCGAAUCAAGAUUACAAAACGAUAUACGAAAAUAUGCACAAAGAUAUCGGAUACGAAACUCACAAGGCAUUAGGAACAUUCUAAAAUGCUUUCCAAAGAAGAAAGAUGCAUUGCAUAUUGUAUAAAUAACACAUUUUAUUCUAGUUUAACAUUAAACUAUUCAUGUAUUUACUGGAUUGUUCAGUAAGGAUCAUAACUUAAUCUGCCACUGAUUUUCUUUUCUCUUCUUUUCUUAUACAAAGAUCUAAAUCUAAGUCUGUCCAUAUGACUAAAUAGAGUAACCGAAUCAGUUAUCCUGAAGGCUAGGACCAGCUAAAUAUUUUCAGACCAUGUAAAGAAAGUAAAGAAUAUUGAACCAACACAAAAGUGCCUUAGAAGUUUUCUCUUAUUCUUAGCAAUUAAACGUUCAUGAAAGAAAUCUUAUUCCAAAAUUACUAUAACGAAAAUCUUUGACUAUAACUAAAAACCGUUCUGAUGUAUUAGAAUAUUCUGUAAAGUGUAUUGUUAAAAAUAAUCGUAAAGUCGUCGUCGAUAAAGAAGCAACUCAAGAAGUUUCUAAAUGUAAACUCUUCCGAAUAAUAUAAAACUAAUCUAGAACUAUUAUACCACACUACACUUUCCAUUCAAGUGUACAAUAAACAGAGUCAGAUGCUUCUGAACAUCAAAACUGUGUUGUUAUCUGAAAAUACCAGUCUUACCUAUUUACAGCCUUAAAAUAUUGGGAGAGUUUCUACUGUUUUCAUGAACUUAAAGCAGAUUAAUUUCAAAGCUCACGCAAAAAGAUAGAUGGAUAGUAAAUAUCAUUCGUGGAGAGAGAAAAAAUGAUAUGUAAUGAAGUGGAAUAAUGCAUAACACAAUAAAAGUAUUCUUUCAUAAGAUCAACACAACAAAAAUACAAGAAAUGAAACAAAUAACGGAAUGAAUGUAUUAAGAUAAGGAGAAUAAAACGUGAAAAAAUUGAACUGUGUAUGUAUAUUGUCGUUUCUAAUUAUGAAUCUUAAGCAUAAAUGUGAAAUCUGUGUCUCUAGUGUGAAAGCUUUAUUGAAAUUGGAGAUUUUUUUUAUUAUUUCUAAUGUAAGGAUAUUUAUUUUAUAUUGUAUGUAUUAUAUGAAAAGCAGGUCAUUACUAUUACUGUUAUGUUUAAAUUAAUGAAGAAAAAAUAGGAGAAACAUAUACAUUAAAUGAAGUUAAUAAAAACAAUGUUGUAAAUAUGGAAA